CACUGGUUGUCUAUUCCUCGUAUCUUCAAGCUCUCAGUUCUUUGUGAUACUCUUUUCCCUCCUGCGUAUUGCUCCAGCAUUGUUCUCUCGGCAUCUGCUUCAUGCCACAGACCAAACUAGGCCAAAUGUCUACCUCGAACGAAGACCCUGCCCUCAUGGACAUGAGGAUUAUGAUUCAAACACGUUCCUUGGAUACAAGUCCCCCAAUACCUCUCCUCGGAGGUACCGUCCUUUCCUGAAGGCUGUCCCGGACAGGCCCUCAAGGCUUGCUAUUGAGGACGAACGUUCGUGCCUUCCUGAAAUCGCAGGAGGUGAAAGCCACCAGGCUGCGUACCCGAGUAACAGCAAGAGAAUAGCUGAGAUUGGAAGCUCGAAACUAUCCCCUGCUACUUCGCCAAGGAAUAAUGUCGACAUGAAGAUACAGGAGCGAAAGGCGGCACUUCGGGCACAGGACAGCGCACCCUUUAGAUCACUUCCCAACCUCCACACCGCAGACCAUGACGCUACUAGGCAGCAUGAGAUCCGAGGGCAUCUAGAGCUCCGGGAGAGUCCCAGCUCGACGUCGGGUAUGCAGGUCCUGUGCGUUGUGAACGAGAAGGGCAUCAUGUCUAUCUUUGCUGGGAACGACUUCACGCGGGAAAUUGGCAUGUUCAGAUUGAGGGACACAGUUAUCAAGACAAGUGAGAAGCACGCGACAAUGUUCAUCCUCAGCACUGAGGAGGGCACGUCGAGGGAUUCUUGCGACUCGAGUAUCCACUUCUUCUGCAAGAGUGAGAGCAGGAGAGACAACUGGGUGGCAGCGCUCAACGAUGCUGGGGCAAGAAUGCGAGGCGGUUCGUUCAGGGUCAAGAAGGAAGUUCCUCCUGCUGCACCCCCCUCUGGCCCCGUGCCAGUGAAGAAGGAUCUAGGGAAGACCCAAGACGGCCCUCGAGCCCGUUCUCCUACCGUGAAGGAGUACAUGUAGACUGAUCGCCCACCCUUUCCCGUGUUCUAGUUUCCUACCUGAGUGUAUAAACAUAAGUUUGUUUUC